AUGGUGAAGUGCAUCGUCAAGUAUACUUGGGUGACCGUGGUAGGCCCGGCUGUCCGCCUUGGGCAAAUCAUCCCCGAGCACUCCCGACCUCAUCACACCUCGACUUCCUCCAGCCUCUUGGACUGCGUCUCGCCCCCAGAGCGCACCAUGUCGCUCCGAAUCAACAUUCCUCCGGCCACUCGGGCUUUCCUCUUCAGUCUUUCAACCGCUUCUCUACUCUACAAUGUUGCCAGAUGGCAGCAAAUCAGCACCGGAGGAACAACCACCAUACCCAUCGUUCCCUACCUCACCCUCGUCCCCUCGGACUUCUACUACUAUCCGUGGACCCUCUUCUCUGCAACCUUUGUGGAACAGAAUAUUUUUACCGUGCUGCUGAAUGGCGCUACCAUCUUCUAUGGCGGCAAAUAUCUCGAGCGCGCGUGGGGAUCCCGCGAGUUCAUCCAGUUCAUUGCCGUCAUCGCAGUGAUCCCCAACAUCGUGAUCAUCCCCAUCUACUUGAUCUGGGGUGCCGUUGAAGGUUCUUUCAUCAGGGGCCAUCUCACGCAAAUCUGCGGUGGGAUCUCGAUCCAAGCCUCUUUCCUGGUCGCCUUCAAGCAACUCGUUCCCGAACACACCGUCGCACUCUUCAAGGGGCUGGUCAAAAUGCGCGUGAAACAUUUCCCGGCUCUCUUCUUGCUCCUCAACACCAUCAGUGGGGUCGUGUUCGGGACGGACACCGCCGCAGUUCUGUCGUGGCUUGGACUUUUGACCAGCUGGACUUAUCUCCGAUUCUUUAAGCGGCAGCCCGAUCUCACCGGCACGUCGAACUCCGGCCUCGGCAUCAAGGGUGACGCCAGCGAGACCUUUGCCUUUGCCUGUCUAUUCCCGGAUGUGAUGCAACCCCCGAUCGCCUUCGUCGCUGACCAGAUCUACAUUGCGCUCGUGACCGUAAAAAUCUUGCGGCCCUUCUCCGACGAUGAUAUUGCUUCGGGCAACCAGCAGCCAUCGCGCUGGGGGUCGAGGGCCAGUGGCAAGCGGGAGGAGGCGGAGCGGAGACGUGCCCUCGCGCUCAAGGCCCUGGAUCAGCGAUUGCAGGCUGCCGCAGCAGGACGAUCGCAGGGUCAGCCUGCGACGUUGGUGGAGCCAACCGCAUCCCAGCCACGACCGACCACUCCGACGCCGGCGGCUCCGGAAGCGCAGAGUAUGCUGGGAGAGACGAGCUACAAUCCGGACAACGCAUAG